UGAAAGCUGCCUGCUUGCAGUCUUAAAGGGACUGCAGACACUGGGUUGGCUACUUCCUUUGCUGCUUCUUUUUGUGCUUCUUCCCUUUGAGCCUUAAGCCAGAAAAACCAUAGAAAGAUGAAGAGAUGAUCUGAUUGCCUAGCAGCGCAGGAGUGAUCCGUUAGUUCCUUUUGAAUCACUUGUCCUGCAUCAACUGCUAGAGAGGAGCUAUUCCAUUCUUCCAAAGAGGCUGAGAUCGAGCUGUCAUUCUGCAAGCAGAUGAAGGACAAUCAUGCUGGCUGAGUAAAGUUGUGGCUUCCCCAGUCCGAGACAAUGGUGUUGUCUGUCCCAGUGAUUGCUCUGGGGGCCACCUUGGGGACUGCUACAAGCAUCCUUGCCUUGUGUGGUCUCACCUGCUUGUGCAAAUGCAAGCGAGCUGGGAAAGGAUCCUCAGACAAGGAGAAAGGUCUGGAUGCUGACAAUGCCAAGCCCAGCGUGCUUCAGACAGUCCAGCAGUUCACUGUUGAGAAGACAGCAGAACCGGUACAGCCCAGGACAAUCCUGAAGUUUCCCCACAUCUAUGGCCCAAAGCCUGCAGUGACAGCCUCAGAAAUUGUUAACAAUUCCGACUACACCUUGAAGACAACCGAAGAGCCACACAAGGGAAAACCUGCAGCUCUAGAUGAGAAAAGAAUGAACAUACAAGUCAAUGAAGAGCUAUUUAUUGUCCCUCAAAAUGGUGGAAUGAUGGAUGUCUGCGUCACUGAGCGUCUGAGUCCUGAGAAGGCUGCUGGUUGCAACCAGGUCCCAGAAAUUCACUAUUCUCUUUGCUACAACCAACAGAAAAAUGCAUUGUGUGUUGCUUUUCUCGAAGUUAGGUAUGAAACUAUGACAGUUGACCACAACAACAGUUGCGAUUGCUACAUCCUUGGCACUUUGGUGAGCCAGUCUGGCAUUACAGAAGCCCAGACUGUGUUGAAGAAGAACCAGCCCCAUGUUGUCUGGGAAGAAACGUUGCUGUUUCCAGUCAAAGAGGAGGAGUUACCCAAGGGCAUGCUGACACUUACCCUCCGGAAUUGUGACAAGUUCUCCCGACACAGCAUCGUUGGAGAACUUAAGCUGAACUUGGCUGAUGUGGGCGAAGUGUAUGGAAAAGUACAGUCUGAGAAAAUGAAAGCACUUGACAAGGAGCCAGAUACAGGCUAUGGAGAGGUUCUGCUUUCCAUCAGCUACCUGCCUGCCGCAAACCGUCUGCUUGUGGUGCUCAUAAAAGCCAAGAAUCUUCAUUCCAAACAACUGAAAGAGCUCCUUGGGAAGGAUAUAUCUGUAAAAGUGACACUGAAGCACCAAGCCCUGAAACUUAAGAAGAAGCAGACAAAGCGUGCGAAGCACAAGAUCAACCCAGUCUGGAAUGAGAUGAUUAUGUUUGAGGUGCCCCAUGAUUUGCUCUGUGCCUCCAGUGUAGAACUGGAGAUGCUAAGCCAGAAUGGCGAUGGGCAAAACCAUUUACUGGGCAGGUGCAGCCUUGGCCUGCAUGCCACUGGCCCAGAGAGGAAUCACUGGGAAGAGAUGCUGAGGAACCCCAGGAAGCAGAUUGCUAUGUGGCAUCAACUUCAUAUGUAACUAUGGAGGGAGCAAGGGUGAUCAUCAGCAAUGGUCAGUAACCUGGUCUCAGUGCUGGCAAAAACAUGAACAUCCUGAAAAGCAUGAACCAGAUCCAUUCAUAAGAUCAAGCACAACAUUUGUUUUACUGCUGUUGUUAUUGACUGCUUUCUAGCAACAGGGUGAACAAAGGGUUGAAUGUUUCAUUGAUUCAGAGUAAGGAACGGUUGGCAUAACCAUUUCCCCCAGAUUCUGCUUUAGGCCUCUGCCCCAAGGGAUUCAUCAGAGCUUGGGAACAUCACAUUUUUAAACUACAGCUCUCAGAAUUACUACAUGUAGCCUUCAGGUUCAAUUCAAUGUUAGUAUUUAUUUUUAAUAUUUCUAAUUGCAGGUACCAAAAAAAGGGGGGGGGAAAGAAGUCUACAUUAAUAUGAGAGGAUCAUAUGUUCCCCUCAAAAUUUGAUUGAAUUUGCCGUCUGAAAGAUACAUUUAUAUUCCUCGUUAAAACGGUAGGAUCCUUUGACCACUGAAUAAUGAGUUGUGAGAAUUUAUCUUUCCAGUCUUGGAGUACAGAGACCAAGGAGACAUGGCAUUAAUUUCGUUCACCUGCAUGAUUUGGUUUAGUACAGGUGUGUAAUCAGAAUGGGCAAAUCCGAAAUGUUGAAAUGCAUUGAGCUGAUUUGGAUUGAUUCAAAUCAGGUCCAAAUCAGCUCAGGCUUGUUUGAAGGGAUGUCGAAUGCUUUGGCUACCUGCACGUUACUUGUCUGUAAAAGUCAAACAAUAUGUUUCCAAAUGAUUGCAAAACAGUACCAUAUAAGGAACAGGACAGAGGGAGCGGGCCUAGAAUUUUUUUCUCCCAUUAACAGUUCUCUCUUCCUAGAAGGCAAGAAUCUCACUGGCACUGUUUAAUCAUACUCUUUGAAAAACACGAAGGUGAUUAUGGCAAAGGGCAGAAUCUUACUCACAAAUGCAGAGGAUAACAGCUCCACACCGAGAACUCUGCAUUUGUCCUGGUAGCCUCCAACUUGCAGACAAACAAGCUGGAAAUCUCUGUGUUAAGUACAAUGGAACUUUAUGGCAGCACAAGAGGUUUGUGAGUUCCCUUUUGUGCAAGUAAUGCCAAAAGAGGAACAGUGUGCAACACCACAGACUGUUCCACAUGAAACAGGGUACACAAUAUUGGCCUGUGUAAUCACUUCUCUCCCCCAUUCUUGUUCUCUUUUGAUAGCUCAUGUUAGGAACCAUUUUGAAUGAGCUUUUUUGGAGUUUGGCACCCAUUUCCUAUUUCUUCUAGUUUGUUUCUCGUCAUCCUUUAUUCCUUAUCCCUUCCCUAUCCAGUCCCAUAUUCUUUGUACCUACCGUAGCUAGCUGGAUAGCUCAGUAGUUGAAGGAUCUGACUGUGUAGCCAGUGACUGGGAAUUUGAUUCCCCGCUGUGCCUCCUGCUAGUAGAGGCAGGCUGUUUGGCCAAGGGCAAGCUGCACAGUCCCAGGUCUCCCCCAGAGAAAGAAUGGUAAAACUACUU